GACACAAAGAUGCAAGCGCUAAUGCCUGAGCCUCAGAUUUAUGUAGAAAGAACUCUGGCCCUCAUCAAACCAGAUGUAAUUGACAAAGAAGAAGAAAUAGAAGAUAUAAUUCUCAGAUCAGGAUUCACCAUUGUUCAGAUUCUGUGUGGAAACUACUAAGACACAAACAGGAGACCCACAAUACCAUUUUGUCACUUUUCAGCAUGUUUUAGUGAAGACAUAAUGGCUGCUGAUGAAUCACUUAAUAAACGAAAGCUCCAAUUAAGCCCAGAGCAAUGCAGUAACUUUUAUGCAGAACAAUAUGGCAAAAUGUUUUUUCCUAAUUUAACAGCGUAUAUGAGUUCUGGGCCUUUAGUUGCUAUGGUUCUUGCCAGACAUAAUGCUAUCGCUUUCUGGAAAGAGUUGAUUGGACCAUCAAAUAGCAUAAGAGCUAAGGAAACACAUCCUGACAGUUUAAGAGCAAUCUAUGGGACAGACGAUCUGAGGAAUGCAGUUCAUGGCAGUAUCAAAUUUUCUUCAGCAGAAAGAGAAAUUAGAUUCAUGUUUCCUGAAGUGAUUAUUGAGCCAAUUCCAGUUGGACAAGCUGCUAAGGAUUACCUGAACCUAUAUGUCAAUCCUACGCUACUAGCUGGUCUCACUGAACUUUGUAAGCAGAAACCAGCAGAUCCACUGUUUCAGAUCUGCUCAUUGCCUAUAUUCCUUAGCUUCUUCAGUUUCCACCUUCCCUGCAACCUGCUAGGUAAAUCCUGUCUUGACAAAGCAUUUUGUUCCUAUCUGACACUAAUCCCUUCUUUCAUUUCCCUUCUACUACACUAUCAAUUCUCCUCUCCCUUCAGAGUACUGUAAGCAGUUUACUAGUACUUAACACUUGACAUUCACUAAUUAGUGUUCAACAGCCCCAUGGAGUAUGCAUGUCUAUGUGAU